UGUAGAGGCAGUGAGUUUAAUUAAGGCUCAGUUUGAGGGUAGUUGAACACUUUGUGUAAUAAGAGAUCGGAUCAAAAUGGCUCUCAAGGUUUUCAUCGCACUGGCGUUAUUUGGACACGCACUAGCCGAGGCUCCAAUAGGAAACGGCUAUUCAGCAGGUCUGCAGCAUUCUGAUGUGGAACAACACUCUCUUUCUCAAGAAUACGGACAACCAGCUUUCGGCUCCCGAAGCUCUGGCUAUGAAGCUAAGUCCAGGCUAUCACAAGAAUAUGGAACACCAAACACACGCUCUACAUCUGCCAUUUCAGAAACCUACAGUGUACCUAAAUCUGGACUAUCACAAAAGUUUGGCCGAUCUUCGUAUAAUAGUCCCAAUCUAUCCCAAAGUUAUGGCGUCCCUAAAUCUGUUUCUCAAGAAUAUGGCGUUCCAGAGUUUAAUAGCGUAUCCAAUCCUCCACUAACAUCUUAUGACACUCCUAUCCAAAAGUCCCUAUCUCAUGAAUACGGAGUACCGUUGCAAAGAAAUUUUGCUUCCCAUUCCGAGAAGUAUGGUGCACCCAGUUUCCAGAAAUCUCAUGCAACAGUAUCUCGCUCUUAUGGAGCACCUAACCGAGCAGACUACGGAAGAUCUGGACUCAAAGCAGCUGCUGCUACUCGAUCAAGUCUGUCUGAAAGCAACGGUGCCCCAGUUCGUUCACUAUCAACUCAAUAUGGUGCACCAAACUCAAGAAACUUUGAAUCUUAUGCCAGCCCAAAGUCUUCCUAUUUGCCAAGCCAAUUUGAUUCUUAUAGUGCUCGGAAUAAUGCCUUAUCUGCUCAAUACGGUUUACCUGUGAAAAAUUCGAAUGCAGUUAUUUCGUCUUAUGCUUCUUUAAGGUCAAACCCAUCAGAGAAGUAUGGCCCUCCAGCUUCUAAAAUGCCAUCAGAGGAGUACGGUGCACCAGAUGUCUAUAACUCUCAGUCCAGCCAGGGUUACAACUAUGCUCGGAAUGCCUUAGACGAAUUGCUAAAUCAGGAGCCAGCUAACUACGACUUCGAUUAUAAAGUAAACGACAUUGUAUCUGGCAGUGAUUUUGGUCACAAGGAAACAAGGCAAGAGAAUAAGGCUGAAGGAUCUUAUUUCGUGGUUCUUCCCGAUGGCACUAAACAGGUGGUGGAGUAUGAAGCCGAUGAAAGAGGAUUUAAGCCGAGAAUCUCCGUGGAACCGGCUGGCUUCCAAGGUUACGACGACAACGCUUCAGACCUGGCGAGAUCUGGACCUUAUUAACUAAAAAUAUUGACAAUAAUUGAUUAAAAGUUGACAUAAUAUUAUUAGGACUUAAGUAUCAAGUAUCUAGGCCACUGCAAAGAAUUGUCGUUCAACCGGUCCUACCGACCGUACGGUCUUACAGACCGAGUCGAAUUCGAAUUCAAAAUCGUAUCACAUCAUCAUAGAUAAUGAUGAAGAUGAAUGAGGAUUAUACGUCUAGAUAGAGCCUCUUGCUGCUAGACAACUGAUGAAAACUGGCCUGGUUUAUUUCUUUAGUGUGCGUGACAAGCUACGCAACUACACUUGCAAUUAAGGUAUUAGCGUGCGUGCACUGCUCAAGAUAGAGGUUAACCGUAAACCUCAAUUUUUUUGACGUUUUCACAUCUAUCACAGUCGAUCUAGAUGCAUAAACAAUCUAAGGUAACAUUGAAACGUCAAGCUUAAAUGAUAAAUAAACUAUCAGUUAUCAGUUUCAUCAUCGCGAUUUAGCUGAGAAGAAGCAACAAGAAAAUCACAGCAAGCAAAUUUUUUUUUUACAAAAAAAUCAAGAUAAAAAACGAGCUCAAAAUACAACAUUUGUGUGACGUGGUACUUUAUGGAUGGCCCUUUAUAAUAUUAUGAUUUUACACAUCAGAUGGACCUCCACUCCGUAAUUAACAUUAAUUGUAAUACCUUGGGGUUAAUUUUAGGUAAUAUCUACCUUCACAAUUUAAUAUGUUUGUUAAUUAAUAAGAUUUUGAUUAAAUUGAUUGUAGUCUGUGUACUUCAUCUAAAUCAUUAAUAAUUGUUGUCUUUUAUUCGUAUAUUAUUGUAAAUAUCGAAAUCUUGAGAUUAUGUUAAAAGGCUGAGGCAUUAAAGGUAUCGUGGCGGUUGUAUGAAU